GGACCCCGGCUCUCCCCCUGAGUCUCCAAACUCUCUCUCUCUCGCUCUCCUCCCCUCGCUCUCUCACCUUCUGCCUCGUCAUUCUCCCGGGCGCUGUCGCAGGCUCCGCACGGGCCGGUACCUCCUGUUGUUUUUAGGGGUAUUAUGGGAUGGGGCCUGCUCUGCUUUUCUUGACUAAUGAGCUUAGCCUGGACGGGGCGACUCGUUCAGCUCGGAUCGGUCUGCAGCUAGAGGGGCUCGUCUGAUGCAGUCGGAGAGGAGAGGAGCGUGGACAUAGCUUCAGACCCCUGUUUACUACGUAACCCCCCCCUCCUCCACCACCACCUCCUCCUCCUCCUCCUCCUCUUCCUCCCUCCCCUCCUCAUCUGGCAGCUCUCUACUCUGACUCUACCUGAGCCCUCCUCUCUCCCUCUCUCCCUCUCUCUCUCUCUCUCUCUCUCUCUCUCUCCCUCGCUCUCCUUCACUGCCUCAGAUCCAGGGCAGUAAGUUACUGCGUUUGUAUCUGCAUCCCUCUCCCGGGCUGCAGUCUGUCGCUGCCCCUCUUUCCUCUCUCUCCCCCCCUCUCUCUCUCUCUCUCUCUCCCUCUCUCUCUCUCUCUCCCUUAUCUUUUAUCCGUUCCUCUUCCUCCUCGUUUACCGAUCUGGAUUCCUCUUCGUUCUUCUUAUCAGCGCGCUCAUUACGCCGCCAAAAUGUAUCGGAACCCGUGGAUUUCGAAUUACCUGACUCACGUCAAGUUCUGCAGCCAAGGACUUGGCGGAGAGACGCCGGCCAAACUUGGCAACCCGAGAUCAUCCCAGAAGAGGGCUCUCAGCUUCCACAAAGAGUUCUCAGUGGAGGAGAAGGACGACCCUGCCGUAGCCCCCGGGGACAUCGAUGUCCGCCUCAUCACCCAGCUCCCUAAAGUCUCAGAGUUAAGGAAACACUUCGAGGGCAUCACCACAAGCCUGAGCGACUGGGAGAUGAACAGGAAGGAGCGUAUCGCGCGGCGCCUGGAGGGCAUCGAGGGGGAGGGGCCUCCCAGCCUGGUGGCCAAUCGGCUGCUGGAGGAGGACACGCCCCGCUACACCCGGGCCUCCGACUGCUGCGACCCCUGUGCUGUCAGUGUCCAGAGGUACGGCCCCGACGCCCUGCAGGGGCCCCACGCCUACCACCCCGCCGCGGACCCCCCGGCCAGGGGCCCCCGCAGCACCGAGCCUCAGCCGGCCCCCCACACCCUCGCCCCCGGCCGCACCUCCGCCCUCCCCGACCCCGACUCCAAGGCGGAGCGCAUCGCCCGCUACAAGGCGGAGCGGCGCCGGCAGCUGGCCGAGCGCUACGGCCUCUCCCUGGACCUGGAACCCCCCGAGGGGGGGGACCCCGCCCCCCGCCGCGAGGGGGGGGACCCCGGCCACGCCCGCGUCCGCGUCCGGGCCGAGUCCGAGAGCUCGGACCCCCGGCCGCGGACGGGGUCCCUGGGGGAGGACGGCUGGGAGCGGCAGGCGUCCUGCGGCAACGCCCCCGUCAACAGCCCCCGGGCGGGCCGCACCGCCCCCCCCGUCCACCAGGGGCUCCCCGGGACGGAGGCGGGGCGCGGCCGGGCGGAGCCGCUCAGCGAGCGCGAGCGGCGGAUGAACCUGGAGAACCAGCGCCGGGCCCCGCAGGAGGGCCCCGCCGCCGUGGAGCCGGGGCCCUUCGGCUCCUCCUACAUGGAGGUCUCCGCGGCCCCCGGCCUGCCGCCCAGCUCCCCCCAGACGGGCAGGCGGUCCUCGGGGCCCCCCCAGCAUGGGGCCUCCCCGGGGGACCUGUACAUCCAGCAGCAGACCCACAACGUCCUCACGCGCCACGGAAUCCGAGUUAGGGAGCGCCUGGCCCGCGACGGGGGCCGCCAGAGGAGCCCCGAACCGGGACCCGCGCCUGAACCCCUGCAGGCCUACCGGAGGCCCACCCGAGGCCCCCCGACCCAGUCCUCCAGUCAGCACCCCACAGAGCCGGCGGCCCGCCACCAGGCCCCGAGCUCCGGUCAGCACCCCGCAGACCCCCCGCCCCGCCCCCAGACCCGGGCCUGUGGCCCCACCUACCUGUCCGUGGCCGUGGCCCCGGGCCCCCAGGACCCACAGCCCCAGCUCCCCAGCGGAGCGGAGGAGGGCGGGACGGAGGCGCAGACGUCCGGGCUCCUGAACAGCAGGAAGGCCGUGCUGCCGUCGGAGGUCCGCCGCCGGGAGAGGAGCACGGAGGACCCCCGGAGAGGCUGGGCGGACCGGGAGCCCCAUCGGUCCCCCAGGGCCCGGAGCCUGGGCCUGGCCUUGGGGGCGGAGGAGGCCCCCGGGGGAACCAGAGGACCGGGCCCCAGGGGGAGGACCGGACCCGGGCGGGAGGACGCAGGGGAGGGUCUCACCGGACCCCCAGAGCAGGGCUCCCACCACCACCACCACCACCCUCCUCCUCCCGCCGACGACGUCAGACCGAGGGCGGAGGAACAGCACGGCCUCAGAGGCCCCGCCCCCGCUCCCGAGCAGACCAGGGCGGGGCACGCCGCCGCCGCCGCCGCACCGGAGCGGUCCGGCGGCCAGCAGAGCCGGCGCCCCCAGACCCUGGGGUCUCGAGACGCCCCGGACCCCGAGGGGCACCGGAGCAGCCGCGGGGGGAUCAGUAACGGAGGGAGCCACGAGGACGCCCAGAUGUCUGUGGCCCAGCUCAGGCACUCCUACCUGGACAGCACCUCCACCACCACCCCCGCCGCCGCCAACACCCAGAGGCCCGAGCUGGAGGUGCUGCCUGGCCCAGGGGCCCCCUGGAGAGGGGAAAGGGGGCGCAGGCCUAGGCAGUACGUGGAUCCCGGGGAGAGUAGGAAGACCUCGGAGAGGUUUAAGACCCAGCCCAUCACCUCUGCUGAGCACCACGAGACCUCUAGGUCCUGUGUCAUCUCUGAUCUGAGCAGCGCUGAGGCUGACGAGCAGACUCUGGACGAGAGAGCCAAGCUGAGUGUAGCGGCCAAGCGGUCUCUCUUUAGGGAGCUGGAGCGGCGAGCAGACCCCGGGGGGGCCAAGCCCCGGCCCCGCAACGCGGCGGUGGAGCGGAGGCUGAGGAGGGGACAGGACCGCUCCAGGACCCAGCCCGUCACCACCGAGGAGGUGGUCAUCGCCGCCACCCUGCAGGCCUCGUCCCAGCAGAGCUCCGCCGUGCGGGAGGCCCGGCUGGCCCAGGACGCGCAGGAGGCCCGGCUGGCCCAGGACGCGCAGGAGGCCCGCGCCUCCCAGCAGCACCAGCAGGGGGCGACGUCCACCCAGGAGCCCCACACCCAGGACCCCAGGGGCCCCGGGCCCGCCCAGAGCCAAGGGCCGGAGGAGCCGGACCUGUGCAGCCUCAGCCUGGCGGAGAAGAUGGCGCUGUUCAACCGGCUGGCCCAGCCGCCCCCCCGGGUGGUCCGCGCCAAGGGGGACUCCCGCCAGCGCCGUGGAAACGCCCGCUACCAGACCCAGCCAAUCACACUGGGCGAUAUGGAGCAGGACCUCUCAGACCUGAGCUCCGACGGGCUAACGCGCUCUGACUCCUCCCACAGCCCCAUAGAGGGCUUCCACCUCCACAAUGCCCCUGGUACGAGGGCUGGCCCCCACUCUUCUAAAUCAACCCAGUCCGUAACCCUGAGGACCGGGGGCACGGUCUCCACGGACCACGCCGGGGACCUCCAGCUCGCUGCUGCCCCCUCCCAGAGGACGUCCCGGGCCCCCGUGUCCCAGGGGGAGGAGGGCGUGGCCGCUAGGGAGGGGAAGAGGAAGCUGCCGUCCCCUGAGGCAGCGCCCCGACAGUCUGGCCUCCCCCAGCCCCCCAGGGAGAGGAGGAGCAGAGAGAGGGAGGAGGAGGAGGAGGAGGAGCAGAGACAGAGGAGGAGCAGAGAGAGGGAGGAGGAGGAGGAGGAGGAGAGGAGGAGCAGAGAGAGGGAAGAGGAGGAGGAGCAGAGGCAGAGGAGGAGCAGAGAGAGGGAGGAGGAGAGGGAGAGGAGGAGCAGAGAGAGGGAGGAGGAGAGGGAGAGGAGGAGCAGAGAGAGGGAGGAGGAGGAGGAGCAGAGGCAGCUCUCCAGGGAGGAAGAGGAGCAGAGGAGGAGCAGAGAGAGGGAGGAGGAGGAGGAGGAGCAGAGGCAGCUCUCCAGGGAGGAAGAGGAGCAGAGGAGGAGCAGAGAGAGGGAGGAGGAGGAGGAGCAGAGGCAGCUCUCUAGGGAGAGGAGGAGCAGAGAGAGGGAGGAGGCAGACGAUGAGGAGGAGGAGGAGCAGCUGGCCAGGGGGAAGGGGAGGGGGCAGGGAGCGCGGCUGGGCUCAGAGAGCCAGGAGCUCCAGAGGAGGGAGGAGCACGCCGUCGCGCUGAAGGAGCCGCUGGAACUACACUUCCCAGAAUCCCACAGGAGCUGGUCUGUCGGAGAAGAGCCCCCAGAGUCUUCCAGACCAGACCCCCGGUCUGCUCAGCGCCCCCCGGGGGGGGACCUCGCCAUGGACCUGGGCGGAGUCACCUACCAGUUCGACGAGCCUGACCUGGUGACCGACCGCACCAGGAAGCUGACCGCCAGACAGAUGUCAAUCAAGGACCGCCUGGCGCUGCUGAAGAAGAGCGGCGAGGAGGACUGGAGGAACCGCAUCAACAGGAAGCAGGAAGCCGGCGUGACGACGGCGGCGGCGGUGAUGGCGGACACCAGCGCCCCCCUGUGGGAGACGGAGCGGAACCUCCGGAAGGAAGGCGAGGCAGCCAUGGUGAUUGAUGGGUGUGAUGUGUCAGAAGAGCUCUGGGAGCCCACCUUCUCCUCCACGGUCUCGCUUGCUUCUGAGCUCCCGCUCUACACCUACCCCCCCAGCGAGGCCAGCAGCCAGGCCUCUAGAUCCCUGCUGUUGGACGAGAGACAUCCCUGGAGGAGGAAGAGGAUGGAGGAGGGCGACCCUGAGGCCAAGCUCUCCAUCCAGGAGAGGAAGAGGCUGAUGGAGGCACGGGAGGAGGCCUGGAAGACCACCGGCCGGGGGGCCGCCAACGACUCCACGCAGUUCACCGUGGCCGCCCGCAUGGUCAAGAAAGGGCUGGCCUCCCCCACGACCCUCCACUCCUCCCCCCCGGCCAAACCCAAGAGCAGCGCCCUGGCCAUCUCCAAACCCCAGGAGGAGAUCAAGGCCCUGGCAGAUAUGGACUUUGAAUCAGACGGGAAGCUGGAUAAACUGGAGUCUUUCCUUGGCAAGAUCAACAGCAAAGGGUCUGGUCUGCGUGAGGCCACCGUCACGGUGACCCAGCAGAAGGUGAAGGAGGUGAUGAGCCUGGAGGACGAGACCUUCUCCAGGUUCUACCCCCGCGUGGCGGACCCCCCCGCUCCCAGCGGCGGCGGCGCCGAGAUCUACGAGGACUUCGACGCCAUCUUUGACCCCCUGUUGCCACGGCUGACGUCGGACAUGGUGCAGCACCGGCGGGCGGUCCGGCCCACGCGGAACGUGGCGUCGUCCAGGAACCCCCUGAAGAAGCUGGCGGCGCGGCAGGACCUGCUGCAGGAGUACACGGAGCAGAGGCUCAACGUGGGGCUGCUGGAGAGCAAGAGGAUGAACGCCCAGAAGAUGAGUCAGAACUCGGGGUUCUCGGAGGUGGCCCUGGCCGGCCUGGCCAGUAAGGAGAACUUCAGCAGCGUCAGCCUGCGCAGCGUCAACAUCUCCGAGCAGAUGUCCAACAGCGCUGCCCCUUACAAGAAGCUCAUGCUACUGCAGGUCAAAGGUCGACGGCACAUCCAGACCCGUCUGGUGGAGCCCCGAGCGUCGUCCCUGAACAGCGGGGACUGCUUCCUGCUGGUCACGCCCCACCACUGCUUCGUCUGGAUGGGGGAGUUCGCCAACGUCAUCGAGAGGAACAAGGCCAAAGAGCUGGCCAACUUUGUGCAGACCAAGCGGGACUUGGGUUGCCGGGCCAACUACGUCCAGAUCAUCGAGGAGGGCGGGACCACGAGCUCCGCCGCCUCCAAGGAGUUCUGGAAGAUUCUAGGAGGCCAAGCGGACUACCAGUCCGCCGGGACCCCAGACGAGGACGAGCUGUACGAGGGAGCCAUCGUGGAGACCAACUGCAUCUACCGCCUGGUGGACGACAAGCUGGUGCCGGACGAUGACUUCUGGGCCAAGGUUCCCCGCUGUGCCCUGCUGGACCCCAAGGAGGUGCUGGUGUUCGACUUCGGCAGUGAGAUGUACAUCUGGCACGGCAAGGAGGUGACCCUGGCCCAGAGGAAGGUGGCCUUCCAACUGGCCAAGCACCUGUGGAACGGCACCUUCGACUACACCUGCUGUGACAUCAACCCCCUGGACCCGGGGGAGUGCAACCCCCUCAUACCCAAGAAGGGCCAGGGCCGUCCCGACUGGGCGGUGUUCGGCCGGCUCACGCAGCACAACGAGACCACGCUGUUCAAGGAGAAGUUCCUGGACUGGAGCGAGAAGAGGAAGUACUCCAGCCCCACCAGGAACGGCUCCGUCAACGCCGCCGACCACAACGAGCCCCCCGUGUCUGACCCCCCCCGGGCGUACGACCCCUCCCUGAUGCUGGCGGGCCCCGGGGGGCCGAUUCGCACGGUGCUGGACGGCACGGACGUGGGGCGGGGCUACGGCCUGGUGGAGGGCGAGGAGAGGCGGAGCCAGCAGGUCAGCACCAUGGCGACGGAGGUGUGGCACAUCUUGGAGUUCGACUACAGCCGCCUCCCCCAGCAGAGCAUUGGCCAGUUCCACGAGGGCGACGCCUACGUGGUCAAGUGGAAGUACAUGGUCAGCACCGCCGUGGGGAAGAGGCAGAACCCAGAGCAGGCGCGGACGGCGGGCGCAGGGAAGGAGAAGUGCUGCUACUUCUUCUGGCAGGGCCGCAACGCCACCGUCAGCGAGAAGGGGACCUCCGCCCUCAUGACCGUGGAGCUGGACGAGGAGAGGGGCGCCCAGGUCCAGGUCCUGCAGGGUAAGGAGCCCCCCUGUUUCCUCCAGUGCUUCAGUGGAGGGAUGGUGGUCCACUCAGGGAGGAGAGAGGAGGAGGAGGACAUGUCUCAGAAUGACUGGCGUCUGUACUGCGUGCGCGGGGAGGUGGCGCAGGAGGGCCACCUGCUGGAGGUGGUGUGUCACUGCAGCAGCCUCCGCUCGCGGGUCUCCAUGGUGAUGGUGGGCGUGGGCCAGGCCCUCAUCUAUCUGUGGCACGGCUGCAAGGCCCAGGCGCACACGCGGGACGUGGCCCUCACUGCCGCCCGCAGCAUCAAGGAGCACUGUCCUCUGGAGGCGGGGCUUCACAGCAGCAGUCAGGUGACCAUCGUGGAGUGUGACGAGGGGGCGGAGCCCACCGGCUUCUGGGAGGCCCUGGGGAGGCGGGACCGGAAGGCCUACGACUGCAUGCUGCAAGACCCGGGACGGUUCAGCUUCACGCCGCGCCUCUACCAGCUCGGCAGCAGCUCGGGGGAGUUCCGGGCGGUGGAGCUGCUGUACCCGGCGCGGGUCCCGGAGCAGGUCAACCCCCAGCCCUUCCUCCAGGAGGACCUGUACACCGCCGCCCAGCCCGCUCUGUUCCUGGUGGACAACCACCACGAGGUGUACCUGUGGCAGGGCUGGUGGGCCCAGGACAGCCUGGUCACCGGCUCGGCCCGCAUCCGCUGGGACACGGACCGCAAGGCGGCCAUGGAGACGGUGCUGCGCUACUGCCGAGAGAAGAACGCUAAGAAGCCCCCCAAGUCGUACCUGAUCCACGCGGGGCUGGAGCCGCUCACCUUCACCAACAUGUUCCCCUGCUGGGAGCACCGCGAGGACGUGGCCGAGAUCACCGAGAGGGAUGCGGAGGUGUGCAACCAGAUCAUCCUGGUGGAGGACGUCCUGGCCCGGCUCUGUAAGACGGCCUACCCCCUGGCGGACCUGCUGGCCCGGCCCCUCCCCGAGGGCGUGGACCCCCUGCGGCUGGAGGUGUACCUGUCCGACGAGGACUUCGAGGGUGCAGAGGAUGUAGGAAGGUUGGCCUGGAGAUGAGCAGAGAGGAGUAUGACCUUCUGCCCGGCUGGAAGCAGGUGAACGUGAAGAAAGCUAGAGGACUCUUCUAGAAAGUUUGACGGUGGUGAACAGCUGAGUGGGACACACUCUUGUCGGACAUUGAGUGACACACGCACACACACACACACAUGGACAAACACACACGGAUACACAGACGCACACAAACCUGCACACAGACACCCACAACAAUACACGCGUGUCAACAAGAAAGGUUUGAAACUCAGUACUUGGACUCUGGACUUUCCCUAAGAUCUUUUUGUCCUUGAUGGGCGAGGACUCGGGAGCGACCCUGGAUCCGUUUCCUGCAGUGUCGUCCCCCCCCCCCCCCCCCCCACUGGCGCCCGUACCCCCCUCCCUUCCUUGGCCCCGUUUGCGUUUGCGUCAAAUUGUUUGUGUUUAUGGAUGGAGUGAGUUUGAUGCCCGGCUAAUGCUGCCUUAUUUUAAUUAUGUCGUGAAGUCUUGUUUUCAUUAAAUCCUCGUGUGUGUGUGUGUGUGUGUGUGUGUGUGUGUGUGUGUGUGUGUGUGUGUGUGUGUGUGUGUGUGUGUGUGUGUGUGUGUGUGUGUGUGUGUGUGUGUGUGUGUGUGUGUGUGUGUGUGUGUGUGUGUGUGUGUGUGUGUGAGCUUGGCUCACCGCGACUAACCCUCCGCUAUCCUCGUGACUUUGUGCAUUAAAUGUAAUUUAUAUUUCUAUAGAAGGUAUAUAGGACUUUUUGAGUCUUUUUGAUUAUUUGGUGAGAAUCGAGAGAAAAAGCCGGAUGUCGGGUGUCAUGUGAUGUUAAUGUGUGUCCAUUUACUGCGACCGUGUGUACAGUUAGCCACGCCCCCUUUACAAUAACAACCAAUGAGGCUCGGAGCAAGUGGCUCGGAGCGACGGGAGAUGUGUUGGAUUUUUUAAUCCUGAGAUACAGUGUACAGUGCCUUGCUUUCCUGUACAGUUUAUAUAUAAAGAGCCUAGUCUGCAUUUUUGAAGACUCAUUUUGUGACAUAAUGAAUAGUAAGAGAAACUAAUAGAGAAAUAAACGCUAAUUCUGAAAAAAAAAA